CUCCACCCACACCGCCUCACCCAGCUGUUGUUGUCAGAUAAACGUAAUUUUUUUUUUCUUCACUCGACCAAAAAUAAACUAAUGGAGCCAGCGCUAUUGCAUCGGGAGCAAACCGGAUAAAUUAAUAUUAUCUUUUUAACACAUCGAGCUGAAAUGGCAUCAGCGCCGGUCUCAGCUCCGGCGGCCGCUCACUUGGCCUCCAAGGUGGAGCUGACCAUCUCCUGUGAAAACCUGAUGGACAUGGACGUCUUCUCCAAGUCUGACCCUCUGUGCGCUCUUUACAUCAACACUUCAGGCUCCCACUGGUAUGAGUUUGGCCGCACAGAGAUGAUCCUGAACUGCCUUAACCCAAAGUUUGCCAGGAAGUUUGUCAUCGACUACUACUUUGAGAUGGUGCAGAGGCUGAGGUUUUGCGUGUACGACAUCGACAGUGAUACCUAUGAUCUGAGUGAUCAUGAUUUCUUGGGGGAGCUGGAAUGCACCCUCGGUCAGAUAGUUUCCAACAAGCAGAUGACCCGACCAUUGUUGCUGAAGGACAGGAGACCUGCGGGCCAUGGGACCAUUACUAUCAGUGCUGAAGAGAUAACAGACACAAGAGUGGCGCACUUUGAAGUGUCAGCACUCAGGCUCGACAAAAAGUUUCUGUGGUGGUCCGAUCCCUUCCUGGAGUUCUACAAGCAAACAGAAACAGGGUGGCAGCUGGCACACAGGACAGAGGUAGUUCAAAACAACAGGAAUCCAGUAUGGAGGCCUUUCCGCAUUUCACUGCGAGCUCUCUGUGGGGGGGACGUGGAAAAACCAAUAAAGGUCGAUUGCUAUGACAACCGCAUGAACGGCUCCCAUGACCUUAUCGGCAGCUUUAGAGCCUCACUAGCCGAGAUGCUAACAGGAGCACACAGUUCACAGGCUGAAUUUGAGUGCAUAAACUCCAAAAAGACAAAAAACAAAAAAUAUAAAAACUCUGGGAUCAUUUGUAUAAAACGCUGCCAGGUGGAGAAGGAAUAUAGCUUCCUGGAUUAUGUUAUGGGAGGAUGUCAGAUCAACUUUACGAUUGCCAUUGAUUUUACAGGCUCCAACGGGGACCCCAUGUCCCCUCAGUCACUCCAUUACAUCAACCCUGAGGGCUAUAAUGAAUACCUGCAGGCCAUCUGGGCUGUAGGUAACGUCAUCCAGGACUAUGACAGCACGAAGAUGUUUCCAGUGUUUGGAUUUGGAGCUCAGAUUCCUCCAUCAUUGCAGGUUUCUCAUGAGUUUCCCAUCAACUUUAAUCCAACGAACCCCUUCUGUGCAGGGAUAGAGGGGGUAGUGCAGGCCUACCAGCAGUGUCUGCCUCAGGUGAAGCUGUGGGGUCCUACCAACUUCGCUCCAAUCAUCAGGCAUGUGGCCUGCUUUGCCAGACAAGCUCUCCGACAGAACAUGGCAUCACAAUACUUCGUGCUGCUCAUCCUCACAGACGGAGUGAUCACAGACAUGGACUUGACGCGCAACGCCAUCGUGGAGGCCUCGCACCUGCCUAUGUCUAUUAUCAUAGUGGGCGUCGGAGGUGCGGACUUCGACGCCAUGGAGUUCCUGGACAGCGAUGACCGACUGCUGCUCUCUGCAACGGGAGAGGCUGCCGCCAGAGACAUUGUGCAGUUUGUGCCUUUCAGACAAUUUCACGGAAACGGUGUGGCCCUCGCCCAGAGUGUCCUGGCAGAGCUUCCUGAUCAAGUGUCAUCCUUCUUCAAUGCUUACAAACUAAAACCACCAAACACCUUCAAUAACCCUCCGCCAUCCUAAUCCUUCCUAAUGGCAAGAGGUUAUACAUCUAUUCUGUUGAUCAGAGAUCACCCCUGCUUCUCCUCCAGGCUUUAUAGCAAUUUAGCAUGAAACUGUGCAAAAUAAAACACCUACCUCUCUGACUGAAGUUGAAUUAAAUCAAAUAAAUCCAAUCAGACCUAACUGAAAUUCUGGUGCCAUACCUGCAAGAUUUUACAAAAACUCAGUCACAGUA